AUGGAUAGAGGAAAUUGCUCCUCCUUGAAUGACUUUGUUUUCGUGGGGAUUACCAACAGCCAGGAGAUGAAAGUGACACUAUUUUCCAUGUUUCUACUUGUGUAUCUCAUUAACCUUCUGGGAAAUCUUGGGAUGAUACUUCUGAUCAGAAUGGACCCACAGCUUCACACACCCAUGUAUUUUUUCCUCAGCAAUCUCUCCUUCUGUGACCUCUGCUAUUCAACUGCAAUUGGUCCCAGGAUGUUGACUGACAUAUUUGGCAAGAACAAGUCCAUUUCCUUCCUUGGCUGUGCUCUGCAAUUCUUCAUCUCCUGUACAUUUGCAGAUUCUGAGUGCGUGCUGCUGGCAGUGAUGGCCUUUGACCGGUACCAGGCCAUCAGCAGCCCCUUGCUCUACACAGUGAACAUGUCCAGCAGGGUGUGCUCCCUGCUCAUGGCCGCGGUUUACCUCGUGGGUACGGCAGAUGCUUUGAUACAUACGACAUUGGCCUUCCAAUUAUGCUUCUGUGGAUCUAAUAAGAUCAACCAUUUCUUCUGUGACUUGCCUCCACUGUACCUACUUUCCUGCUCUGACACUCAGGUCAAUCAGCUGGUAUUAUUCAUUAUUUAUGGUUUCCUUGAACUGAGCACUAUCUCAGGAGUCCUUGUCUCCUACUGCUACAUCAUAUUAUCAGUUCUAAAGAUCCGCUCUGCUGAGGGGAGGGUCAAGGCGUUCUCUACCUGUACCUCCCACUUGACGGCAGUUGCGAUUUUCCAGGGAACGCUCCUCUUCACAUAUUUUCGUCCUAGUUCUUCUUACUCCCUAGAUCAAGACAAAAUGACCUCAUUGUUUUACACCCUUGUGAUUCCCAUGCUGAACCCCCUUAUUUAUAGCCUGCGGAACAAGGAUGUGAAAGAGGCCCUGGAAAAAAUUACAAGUAAAAGAUGGUUUUAA